UGUGUGUGUGUGUGUGCAUUGUUUCUCCUUACCUGUCUUUAUGUGUCACAGAAAGAGGCGAAGUGCAGAGCUCAGAAUAAAGCGCAGAAAAAGGCAGGAUUAUACACAUGGCAGGUUAGAGAAAGGAAGAGAAGGAGAGGAUGGGAGGAAAAAGCGACAGAGAGUGGCUUAAGACUACAGAGGCGAGCACCCUUUGUUGCUGACUUCAGCUGUGAUGGAUGGCUUAUGUUUAGGGGAAGAGUGAAGGAGUCCUUCAAUGCACUACCAUAAAAUUUGCAGAACCGCUGAGGAUGUUCUUUUUCACUGAUCAAACUUUUGUCUGACAAACGAGGAACCUGGACUUCAAGGAAAGUGAAGAGGAAGGUCAGUGUAUUCAAUGUGAUCCAAACAUAGUGGAGCCAAAGAAGGUGCAAGGACAAAACCCCAGGGAAAGCUAGUCAGGGGGGACCAGGUGAUUGAGUCUUCAUGGUGAAUAACAAGUCAAGCAAGAACAGGAGUGAGGCUGGAUGAGAGAGCACUGUUCAACAAGAGAGAGAGAGAGAGAAAAAGAGAGAAGGAGAGGGUCGGCUGCAGAAGUGGAGAUAAGCAGUCGAGAACAAAACUAGUCUACAGUGAAAGAGAGGUUGAAGCCGGAUUCUGCACUAAAGAGAGAACAAGGUUGACUCAAGUCUUUGCUGCCUGAUUAGAUGGGGAGAGGUAGUGGUGGAGGAGAGCCGGGAGACUCGAUCAACAGAAAGUGAGAGCCCGUGAGAGAAGGAGAGAGAGAGAAUUACAAGAGGACGCUUGGCGAAAGAAGCCUCUUAAAUCUGGGAGCUGGAAUUACAGCCGCAGAAACUGCAGAGGGGAAGCCACAAAACCACAGUGAAGAUGCCUGCUAAUGGGAACGGUCCCUUGAAGUUGCAGUUUGGUCUAAUCAACCAUGAGGGUCGCUACCUCACUGCUGAGGCCUUUGGCUUCAAGUUGAAUGCGUCAGCACCCAGCCUGAAGAAGAAGCAGAUAUGGACUCUCGAGCAGGACUUUCAGGACACCCAGCUGGUCUACUUGCGCAGCCACUUGGGACGCUACCUGGCCUCUGACAAGGAUGGCAAAGUCACCUGUGAGUCUGAUGGGCACAAUUCCGACUGCCGCUUCCUCAUCGUGGCUCAAUCAGACGGUCGCUGGGCCCUGCAGUCUGAGCAGCAUCUCCGCUUCUUCGGUGGCUCUCAGGACUACCUGUCCUGCUUUGCCCAGGUAAUCACAGAUGCCGAGCUGUGGGCAGUGCACCUGGCUCUACAUCCGCAGGCCAACCUGCUGUCUGUGGCCCGCAAGCGUUACGCCCACCUCUCUAUGGAGGAUGGGGAAAUCGCUGUGGAUAUGAACAUUCCCUGGGGUGUGGCAGCGCUCCUUACACUUGUCUACCUGGAUGGGAAGUACUGCCUUAAGACCUGUGACAGCCGCUUCCUCAGCAAUGAUGGGAAGCUCCUGACGCAGAGUGGGAGGGCCACGGCGUACAUGCUGGAGCUGAAGUGUGGGAAGCUGGCCUUUAAAGACUGUGAGGGGAAGUAUUUGUCUCCCAUGGGGCCUACGGGCACCCUGAGGUCUGGACGGUGCUCCAAGCCGGGCAAAGAUGAACUGUUUGACCUAGAGGAGAGCCAUCCACAGGUGGUUCUGAUGGCCGCCAAUGGGCGAUAUGUCUCCAUAAGACAAGGAGUAAGUCUUGCAGCCAAUCAGGAAGAUGAGACAGACAUGGAGACGUUUCAGAUGGAGAUCGACAAGGAAACCAAGAAGUGUACGUUCCGCACCAGCCAAGGGAACUACUGGGACUUGGUGGCCCACGGAGGCAUCCAGAGUUCUGCCACUGAAGUGUCAGCAAACACCAUGUUUUCAGUGGAGUGGCUUGGCCACAAGGUGGCAUUAAAGGCUAACAAUGGAAAAUACAUCUGCACCAAGAAAAAUGGCCAGCUACUGGCUGUCAGUGAUUCCAUAGGCGAGGACGAACAGCUUACUUUGAAACUGAUCAACCGACCCAUGCUGAUCCUGAGAGGAGAGAACGGAUUCAUCUGCCAUCACAAGAACUCCAACACACUGGAUGGCAGCAGAUCGGUCUACGACAUUUUCACCCUGCAAUUCAGUAAUGGGGCGUACCACAUUAAAGGCGUGGAUGGCCGGUUCUGGUACGUGAACAGUGCUGGGCUGGUGUGCUCAGACGGUGAGGCCCCUGAGGAUUUUGCUCUGGAGCUCGUAGAGCACCGUCGCCUCGCCAUCCGUGGCAAGAACGGCAAAUACUUGCGCGGAGACCAGGGAGGCACGCUGAAGGGAGACGGACUCAGCCUGAGCAGCUCAGCCCUGUGGGAGUAUUGAUACAUUCCAAUAUUAGUCCUAACUCAUCGCUGAGUUGAUCGGCUGCUAUUCACCAAUCAAGAGCCAACAUCAAUGCUUUAACUAAAGUUAAACUCUGUGGCACUUUGAGGGGGAAGGCAGUUACUCAUUAGUGAGGAGUUACUGCCUGUACUGAUUUUAAUCCCACUUAUUUUUCUCCUUUUUGUUAAAAAGAGGUCGCAACAGAGAACUCACAGAGAUAACUGAACCAAACGGCAUGCAAAAGUGCAAGAAGAACUGCAGCCAAGACAAAUUGUGUUUUGAUUUAAUCCCUAAUCUCAAAACAGCAAAAAGUAGUGUGAAUGAACAUUAGAGUUUUUGUGUUGUUCCUUUUAGAUUUUUUUUCAAUGAGCAUCCGUUGUCAGACCUAAUUAGGCUAUCUUCUGAAGCUAAAAAUCCUCCUUUGGAUAAAUACAUGUAGAUUUCUCAAUGUCAUGAACCCCUGCAGAUGUAAAGCUAAGCAUCACCGUGACAUACUGUACAGCUCUAUCUUUUCAUUGCAUCCUCUUUCUCCUUGUGUUUAUCUUCCAAACCUUUCUAUCCCUACUUUUGACAGCAAUACAACAAAUGGUAACACAGGAGUGUAAUGACACUCAUCCAGUUUAAAGGACAAUAAAUCAGGGUGGCAUUUGAGACAGACGUAGUCCCCAUUACCAGUGAGGUCACCUUUUAGCGGUCUUUAGCAUGGUAUUGCUGUCUGAGGAUGUUUAUUAGUUUAUUAUCUGUAGGAACAGUAGAAGACUGUAACUUAGACUCAUGUUGGCUACAUAUACAUGGUAGCAGUACUAGUCUAUAUACACAACGUUCUACUAUCUGAGUUUUCUGUUGCACGACUAAAACAACCUUUGAACGUACAUGUUCCACCAAAACAAG